AUGGGAAAUAAAACUUCAAAUCGUGUCAUUAUUUGUUACAAAGUAGCAGUGAAUGGAGAAACAUUAAAAGCUUACCAUCAUCCAACAUGGGUUGCUGUAGCUAAGGUUUUAUAUACAAAUACUCAAGAUCAUCCUGAUGAGCACUAUUAUCUCGCAUCUAUCAAAUAUGCAAAGCAAUUUGCUUCUAUAUUUGCCGAUGUAUCUGUUAUCAUCUCACAAGAUAAUAAAGCAAAAGUGGGUCUCAGAGUAUCUGUAGUAGGUCAAACAUUUCAUACUUUACAAUCAAUUAAUGAUCUUAUAUCUGUAGCUGAUCACGAUUUUCUUAUAGGAAAUAGAUAA